AUGUGUGUACAACCGAAUUCGUCGAGGGGGUUGACGUCCUUAUCUGUCGAUGAAGACCGUGCAGAAUUCUUAUACUGACCCAUCGUGAUUCUAUUAUCUUGCCAACCAUAUUGAAUUGUUGAUUUUGACAUUAUUACUGACAUUGAACCGCAGACAAACAAAAUCAGAAGCAGCAUGUUCAAAUGUAGCACCCUGGUGAUGUUGGCGUCAGUGAUGUCCGGGAUACAGGCGUUCCUGCUGGACGACAACUCACUACAAAACCUUAUCAACCUCAUUUCGGCUGAGAAAAAGAUGCGCGCGCAGGUUGAAGCGGAUAUCCGGGAACUUGACCAAAACAUAAAAAAUCUGCAAAACGACCACACGAUUAGCCUGUGCAAGUGCCCUGCUACGGGUGUGAUAGCUUUCUCCGCCUCGCUCACGAACGAUAUUAGCAACUUCGGCUCCCUACAACCACUCGUCUUCGACCACGUCACCACCAACGUAGGCGGGGCAUACGACGCUCGUCAUGGUACGUUCCGAGUUCCGGUAACCGGCGUGUACCAGUUCACUGUUUCCGCUCAGCAGGGUACAGCUACCACUUGGAUAGGCUUAGAACUAGUGGUGGACGGACAAGCGAUCGCCCGCGUAAAGACUGGCGACAACGGGUACUACAACCAGGCAACCAACGUCGUCAGCGCUCGAGUCACAAGCGGAAGUGACGUAUGGGUACGCCACAUGACGGUCUCGGACAACAAUCGCGUUGUUGGAGACGGCGGUUUUUUCACGUCUUUUUCUGGUUACUUGAUCUCUGCUGAUUGAAUGUGUUGUUACCCUAUAAAUGUCACUCAGUGCCAGAACCAAUAUUUUGCAAGAUUAUAUUUUAGAAUAUAAGUGGAUGGAUUAUACAUGAAAUGAAGCAAUUUCAGUUUUAAUUUGAAGGUAUAAUAAAUAAAAUGCAGUACAAUU